UUAAUUUAUUUAAUAGUGAUAAUAUUCAGAAAUACAUAGAAAAAUAUCUUCAAAUUUAUCAAAGUAUUGAUUUUUUUAAAUGUUGUUUUUACGAAUAAUUUUUCUAUUUAGAUGAAAUUUGCCAAUCAGAUAAAGAUAUAUCAUUGACUAAUAAUAUUAAUGAGUAAGCUUCAAGAAAAAAUAAUUUCCAAUAAAUAAAUAAAUAAAUAAAAUAUAAUUUUAGAAAAGAUAUUUUAAUGGAUAUAAACGAUCAAUUACUUUAUUUGACAAAAUAUUCUCUCUUUCAAAAUGAAACAGAUUUUAAUUGAUUAUUUUCUUUCGUAGAUUUUUCCGAUGAUUUAUUUUUGGAUAACAAUCAAUCAAAAUUAUUAACUGAUGAACAAAUUUCAGAUAUUCUUGAUACAUCACCAUCGAGUGAACAAUCAAUAAAAGAAGACAUUUGUUUUAAAAACAAUAAAGUAUCAGAAAUAGCAAAUCAACAUGAUUUUAUAUUAAAAAAGGGAAACAAUCAAUGUGAAGUUGAUAUCAAGAAAAUUCUAUAUGUAUCG